CAUUGUUGAACGUAGCACACACUGCAGCAGAGUACAAAUUUAAGCUGUGAGAAACAUCUUUCAAAUUUUCAAGAAGAAAGAAAUCAAAUACAGAAAAUGAUUAAAAACACCUCACUGGAUGAUGCAACAAUGGACAUGCUUAAGAAUUCUGAUAUUAGGGUCAUCUUACCAAUUGUGUAUUCGCUAGUUGUUAUUAUCAGUAUCCCUGGAAAUAUUUUCUCACUCUGGAUUCUCUCCUUUCAUAUCAAACCCAAAACAACAUCAAUUCUUCUCAUGAUUAACCUUAGCCUCACGGAUCUUGCACUGGCCUCCUGCCUUCCCCUUCAGAUUAUAUACCACCUGAAGAAGAACCACUGGUCUUACAGCAAACGGCUGUGCAGCUUUGUCACAAUAAUGUUUUAUGCAAACAUGUAUUCCUCCAUAUUGACUAUGACCUUCAUCAGCUUUGAGCGCUAUUUGGGGGUGGUACACCCACUGACCUCCCAAAAAUGGAGAAAAAAGAGAUAUGCAAUUGCUACCUGCAUUGUAAUGUGGUUUUCUGUAUUAUUCUCCUUGUGGCCCCUUGCCUCAACUGACCUGACCUUUGAAGUAAAAGACCUGAACAUUACAACCUGUUUUGAUGUCCUUAAAUGGGAAAUGCUUCCCAGUAUUGCUGCAUGGGGAGCUUUUCUCCUGCUGCCCUUCUUUUUCUUUUUCUUGCUUCCAUUCACAGUUACAGUUGCUUGCUACAUUGCCAUUAUUUGGAAGCUUAUUCAAGUUUCUCACAAAUAUGGCAAUGGGCAGAAGACACGGUCAGUCUACUUGGCUAUAAUAGUGCUCUUGGUUUUCAUCAUUUGUUUUGCACCCAACAACUUUAUCCUAUUGGUGCACAUCGUCAGCCGUCUCACAAAAAAAGAAGGUUACUAUCAUAUUUACAAACUCACCUUGUGCCUUAGUUGUCUCAACAACUGCAUAGAUCCAUUCAUUUACUACUUUGCAUCCAAAGAGUUUUAUCAGACGUCCAUGCAGGUAGUAGGACGGAAGGUGCUACAGAGUGACAGUUCGGAGACUAGAAGGGAAAGUGUAUUGUCUAGCAGGAGAUCAGGAAGAUCUCUAUCAAGUGGACAAAAGGAUGGGUUGGAUGUGCUUAGAUCAUGUUUGCAAAGGCAUGAAAGUGUUUUUUAACACUAAAGCUCAUUCUAUUUCAUGAAACAAGCAAAGAAUGGUUAUCUCAAGCAACUACUGUACAAGCAAGAUUAGGGAACUCUAUUCAAUACCAGGAAAAAUUCUUGUCUUCAAAUAUGGCAACUAUUAUACCUAUUGUAAUAUGUAGCAACAAGUAAAAUGUAUAGGAAUAUUACAAUGCCACAAAUCCAUAGCAGCAUUCAGCAAUGAUUCUGAGUUAGUUGUAUGCUUAGAAUACAUACCCUGAAAUCAAUGUUGACUGACUUCAGUGGGUCUAACUCUACACAUGACUAAACCUGAAUCUUCUUUCUUUGAGGAAACCCAAUAUAUAUAAUAAUCUUUAAAUUAUAUCAUAAGAAAAUGUAACUAUUUUAGCAAAAUUACAAUCUUUGAACUGAACUUCAUCAUCUGCCCAGUAUUUCUUUGGGGUUUCCUGGGUCUUUUAUGGUUAAUUCAUAUCCAGUUGAGAAUUGUUGUCACCACUGAUGUUUGUUUUUUUAUACAAAAUAGCUAGUCAAUUGUCAUUUCCUUGAACCUAUCAGCCUCCUUAUGUCAUAUAUCAUUAUCAGUUGAUCAGUCCAUUUCUUUUGAUUAUGUAAAUGUAAUUUUGGUUAUAUAAACUUCCCACCGCCAUUCUUUUUCUCCAGUGUACCAACUGUGGUCCUCAUAACUGAAUAUAUUUCAGGGAUUUACCUGCUAAGUCAUUUUUAUGUAUCGUCUAUUGAAGAGAAGGAUUAGCGAGAUAUGAUAGUUGUCUUCUAGUACUCCAAAGCACCAAGCACUGCCUUAUUUUCCAAGGCAGGACAAGAAGUAAUGGUGGAAGUUUGUUAAAGACAGAUCCAAUCUAGAAGUAAGGAGAAAUUUUCUGACAGUAAAAACAAUUAAUCAGUGGAAUUGCUUGCCUCAUGGAGUUGUGGGAGCUCCAUCUUUGGAGGUUUUCAAAAAUAGACUGGACAACCAUUUGACCUGGAUGAUGGUAUAGGAAUUGGAUAGGGAAUUGGACUAGAAAACCCCUUCUUAAGAUUCUAUGUUUUAUGUCUUGCUGUAUUGAACAUUUGCCUAUUCCAUGUUUGUCUGUAUUGCUUUUGCAUUUAACAUUUUACAACUAUGUGCCAACAUUGAUAGCAUACACUGUUUAAACAAUUUUCUCUUAAAUAGAAUUUUUUUUUAAUUGGCCAAGUGUGAUUGGACACACAAGGAAUUUGUCUUGGUGCAUAUGCUCUCAGUGUACAUAAAAGAAAAGAUACAUUCAUCAAGGUACAACAUUUACAACACAAAUGAUGGUCAAUAUAUCAAUAUAAAUCAUAAAGAGGAUGAAUGUGCUGCCUUUGAAUUCAGGGUAAAAUCAUCCAAAUGCUCUGCAACCUAGUUUUUCUGGUUCAAAAUUUCCUCUAUUAUAACACUUUCACUUGUAACCUUUUGACUAAGGUCGAUGUAGCAGUUGUUUCACAAUUUUCAAUCUGUAUUGAUAAAAUUUGGGAAUUGUUGGACAUGACCUUCAAUGGUGAACUAUAUUGCUUUCAAAACAUACUGUGAACCUAAUCUGAUCUGAAAGGACUUUAUAGAAAUAUUAAGUUUAUUGUGUACAUUUUAUGUUCUGUUAAGGAAAAAUUAAAUACAGUGUUUCAUUCAG